AUGGAGGAGAAACCGCAAUCAUGGAUUCUCUAUCUCAGUGGAUUCAACUUUCAAGUGUCUGAUGGUUUAAACAGUGUCCAUGUCGUACGGACAAAACAUUACGUGCAUCCUUUCAUUGACGGCGCCACGACCCACGAGUAUCGUUUCCUUUCGAUUAAGGACCAACAAGAUUCACAGUUUGAAACUCGGCUCAUGCAUGAAGCUCCAUCACAGUAG